AUGACAGAGAAGAAACACCCGAACAAGGUCCUCCGGUUGUUGUGCACUGUGUACCUUAUCCUCUCCCUGAUAGUGCAGUGGAUUCUUGUUUGGGUGGUGCAGGUUCUCUUCAUCGUGGUCUCCUUCCCCUUCACGACGUCUGAGUUCCGCCAGGACAUCUGCGGCCACAUUUUUCGCAAGGUCAGCUUUGUCGGAAUGGAUCUUCUGAAUCCGUUCUGGAGCAUUCAUGUACUCAACAAGUUUCCGAAGGUGACGAACAAGAAGGUGAUCGUCAUGCUAAACCACCUCAGCGGCGCUGACCCGUUUGUGUCCAUUCGCUCCCUUCUGCCCCGUGAUGGCACAUGGAUCGCGAAGGGUGGACUGUUCCGUGUGCCGUUUGGGGGGUGGGCGCUGUAUAACUCCGGCGAUCUCGCUGUGCACUUCCGCGACAAGAAGACAAGCUUUACAACAGUGAAAGGCACAGUUGGCCCGAUGAUGGAAAACGCCCGCAGGCGUCUGCGCCGUGGCCGCAUGCUAUGCGUCUUUCCGGAGGGAAUUCGCAAUAUGAACCCCGACGGGCCGCUUAACCCAUUCCGCCUAGGAUUCUUCUCUCUCGCUGUUGACGAGGGGGCCACAAUCGUGCCGCUGGCGCUGAGCGGGACGGAGAAGCUGUGGCCGCGCGGAUCGGCGCUGAUGGACGCCGCCGACGCGUACUUUUCCUUUGGAGAGCCGGUCGAUGCGAGAAAUUUCAAAUCGGCGGAGGAGCUGUCGCAGCACGUUUGGAAUGUCAUGACAGAGCUGCGCGAGAAGCAUCCGGACCGCGUUGAGCUACAUGCGCGGCGGACGAAUGCUCAGGCGGCAUCUCCUGCAGCGCCUGUCUCUUAG